AUGCCCGUUUCCCCGCUCCCCGUCCCCAACUCCACGACCUCCUUCUGGAGGUCAUCCCCGCACCCUCUAGACGAUCACCGGUCUACCCCAGAGCUGCCAGCCGAAGUUGACAUUGCAGUCAUUGGUGCAGGCUAUGCAGGUGUUGCUACGGUAUACCACAUCCUCGACCAGUGCAAGGCGCGUGGUGUUGCGCCGCCAAAGAUUUUGAUCCUUGAGGCCCGACAGGCAUGUUCCGGGGCAACUGGACGCAAUGGUAUGUCUGACAGCCCCAUCAUUGUCAUGUCUUCUCAAUUGAGCUUCCUUGUUGACUUGAGAUAUGGUAUAGGCGGCCAUCUGAAGCCGGAUCCGUACAAUCGUCCCGCAAGUUUCGUUUCCACACAUGGCAUCGAGACUGCGAAGGAAUGUGCGGAGUUCGAGGCCAAGAACCUCAUGGAAGUGAAGAAGACCAUUGAAGCCGAAGGCAUUGACUGUGACUUUGUAUUGACUAGGGCAGUCGAUGCCUUGAUGUCAGAGAGUAUCCGCGAUAAGAUGAAGGCAAACGUUGAGUUGCUUAGGAAAGCUGGCGUUUCCGUAAUGAAGGACGUGUACUACGCCGACGGCGCCGAAGCGGAGCAACUAUCAGGUGUUAAGGGAGUAAAGGGAUGCCUAUCAUAUACCGCCGGCACCGUCUGGCCAUACAAACUAAUCCUUGCCCUCCUCUCAAAGGCCCUCGAUGCCGGCGUCAACUUGCAGACCCACACGCCCGUCGAGGCGGUGACCGGCACCCCCGACGCGGACGGUUACCUGACGCUGACCACGGGGCGGGGCGCCGUCCGUGCCGCAAAGAUCGUGUACGCGACAAACGGCUACACGUCGUCCAUCCUGCCCGAGUUCGCCGACAAGAUUGUCCCCGUUCGCGGCAUCUGCAGCCACAUCGCGCCCGGCAAGACGCCUGCGCCAUUGCUGCCUCACUCGGUCAUCAUCCGGUGGUCCGACACGGAGUACGAGUAUCUGAUUCCCCGACUCGACGGAAGCAUCGUCGUCGGCGGUGCGCGGUCCUCGUAUUAUCAUGAUUUAUCGGCGUGGUAUAACAAGGUCAACGAUGACGAGUUGAUUGAGGCGGCGAAGACGCAUUUUGAUGGAUAUAUGCAGCGUGUGUUCCGCGGAUGGGAAGACAGCGGUGCGACUACGUCAAAGGUGUGGACCGGAAUCAUGGGAUACUCAUCAGACGGAUUGCCGCACGUUGGCGUCGUUCCCGGAAAAGAGAAACAAUUCAUCAUUGCCGGGUUCAACGGCCAUGGCAUGCCGCAGAUCUUCCUCUCGGCUAAGGGAGUAGCAUCGAUGAUUAUGGAGCAGUCUGAGUUCAAGACUACGGGUAUCCCCAAAGUCUACCAGGCUUCUCAAGCGAGAUUGGACAGUUCCAGGAAUUCCAUUCUUGAGAGCUGGAAGUCGGUCAAUCAGCCGCCGGCAAAACUGUAG